GGGACGGGGGCGUGUCUUUGGCCUGAGAGGAUAAGGCGGGAGCGUCUAGGCCGCCGGACAACCUACCUCUGGCGGGGCUUUGUAGGAUAGCGGAAACGCCUCUAUUUUUCAAAACAAAGAGAAGCGGGAGGCGUGUGCUGCGCGCAGGGCUCACGUUGGUUCGUCUCACCCAGGCUCUUCGGCAUCGUAGGCUAACAAUGGAGGAAAGCCCGGGAAGCGGCCGGCACUUGGAGAGGAACCUUUGGAGGACGCCUCUGAAGCUCCCGCCCUUGCCGAUCCGCUUGCAGGAGACGCUGGACCAGCUGUCCCCGCAGGAGCUGCGCGACUUCCGUACCAUCCUCAAGAAUGUGGACGCGGAGCCGCGCGUGAAGGAGCUGCGGUUGGAGCUGGAGGGCGGCAACGCGUCGGGGCUGGCCCAGCUCCUCGCCAAAUACUACGACUCGGAGGCCGCCAGGCGCGUCAUGGUUCAGGUGCUGCAACAGCUGCCCCGCGCCGACCUGCUGCCGCGCUGGCGGAGCGCCGCCCCUGCUGUGGUCGCGGCUGGCCAGGUGAUUCCAAGAAAGAUGGCAAAGAGAAGUUAUGACUGUAUGGAAGAUGAAUUGGACUGCUAUGACCUGAGUGGCAGUCGGAAGGCCUUCCUCAUGUGUGUGCAGAAGAACAGGCCAGGUGCUGAGCAAGAUAUCCAGUGGAUGGAGGAAUGGCUUGACCAGUGCCAUUUUGAACGUACAUUGUGCAUCGAUCCCAACAAGAUGGAGUUACUUGAAAAAAUAAGAUCAUUUCGUGAUGGACUAAAUGAAAUUAAAGAUGGCGUUGGCUGUUGCCUUGUUACUCUUAUGUCCCAUGGAGAAGAAGGCUUUCUUAAAAUGAACAAUGGUGAAAAAGUCAGCCUGGAAAGCAUCUUUGAAAUGUUUAACAAUAAAAACUGUCCAGCACUUCAAGAGAAACCAAAAAUCUUUAUAAUCCAGGCCUGCAGAGGAGAGAGAAGAGACAUUGGUGUGGAAACGGAUGAUGAACCCAUGGACUCAGAUGAUGUAUCUGAGAAGAGGCUGCCUACAUUCAGUGAUUAUUUCAUCAUCUACCCCACCCGGGCAGCUCAUGUUGCUUUACGGGACCCCCAUACCGGCUCUGUGAUGAUCAGAGCAAUGUCUAACGUCUUUCAAGAGUAUGGAAAUAAGUGGCACAUUGCUGACUUCUUCACCAAAACUGUAUUUGGACCUGGGUGUCCUCAUCUGUAUAAAAGGAGACUUGGCUCAGCAGAUCCUGAGAGCUCAUCGCACUGGACCUCAGUGAACUUUGACUUCUUAGUGAACUCGCUCCUGAACACCCUCCAGAAAUGGCUGUUCCUGAACCUUGGGAAUCAAGCUGGCGGUUGCAUAUGGCCUUUGGGCCUUUGUGAGGAUGUAGGCAUUUGGUGAAAUACUCUGAAGAUUGAGAGCCAAAUGGACUUCAGCAAUCCAGAAUCUCCAGCCCUGUCUCCAUUUCAGGGAUAAUUAUGUCCUUUUUAGUUAAUUGUGGUUUCAAAUAUUAAUACAUGUAAUUUACUUUGGAAA